AUGGCUUCGCCUUCAGGGGUACCGCCGAUACCUGACAUAUCUUCUCGAUUGAUGACCCCUUCGAUUGUGUUCUCCUUUGUAACCCCCUUAUUUGUUGCAUUGAGAGUUGCCAGCAGAGUGCGUUUUACAAAGAGACUGGGAAGGGAUGACUGGACCAUCGUCAUAUCCUGCGUGUUUUCGGUCAUACUCUCUAUAACCAUGAUCGUUGCUACCGUGUUCCAAUGUACACCGACUCAUCGUGCGUGGGAUAGAAAUGUAGCUGGAACAUGCAUCAACCUCCUCACCGUCAGCUGGUAUGCAAACGCGGCCUUCAGCAUAUUAAGUGAUCUAGCUAUCUUGAUUAUUGCCUAUGCCGGUUAUAAAAUCUCUACCAAUGCCCAAGAGGGCUAA